AUGAAGUUCACCACCGCCGCUGCUCUCCUCCUCGCCUCCCUCGCCGCCGCCGCCCCGGCCACCCGUCGCGCCGCUGCUGAGGGAAACCUGGGAAACGCCAUCACUGACACCGUCCUCACCGGCAUCUUCCAACCGAAAGGCCUGUCCAAGCCCAUCGGCGACAUCGUCGACGCCGCCAAGGGCAAAGGGGCCGCCCAAGGCAAAGGAGCUGCCAAAGAUUAG